UUCUUACAUGUCUAGGGUUUUUCAGAUCUUUCCCUCUUUCAUCACCAAGCAAACCCCUCAUUCAGUCUCAGGUGAAUUUUCUGACAUGGCUAUCGUCAACGAUGAACGUGAGUUUGAGGAAGAAACAACUCAUGAAGAACUCCAAGAGUUUGACGAAGAUGAGGAAGUGGACGCCGAGGACGAUGAUGACAAGGAUGAAGAUGAUGAUGACGGUGACGAGGAGGAGGAGAAAGAGGUCAUACAGAGCUCUGGCAGUGGUCCACAAGUUCACACUAUAGACGAUGACGACGAGGACAAUGAGGACGAUGAGGAUGAUGAGGACGAUGAAGGCGACAGUGAUGAUGAUGAUGACGAUGACAACGAAGAUGAUGAAGAUGAGGAGGAAGGUGAAGAAGAGGAAGAUCUGGGUACGGAGUAUCUUGUUAGGCCAGUGGCACAUGCUGAGGAUGAAGAAGAUGCUAGUGAUUUUGAACCAGAAGAAAAUGGCGAGGAAGAGGCUGUUGAGGAGGAAGAGGAAGAGGACGAUGAUGAAGACACUAGCGGGAAGGUGGAGGCCCCCCCAAAGAGGAAGAGAUCAGGCAAAGAUGAUGACUCUGAUGAUGAUGAUGAUGGCGGAGAGGAUGAGGAUGACGAGAGACCAUCUAAACGAUAGGGCUUGGCCCUAUCUAGUAUAGAGGUCAAUCCCCCUAUAUGUAUGAUGAUGGUUCUUGUAGUCCUUAGUUUUAAUCACUGUUGGGAUUAUGACACCAUUUUAGUUUAGUUUAAGAACUUUGGUUCAAGUUUUUUUUAUUUAAUUGUAUGUGUUGGUGUUUUUAGUUGUUAAACUCUGUUUAGUCUGCUAUUUUGGUGCAAGUAUUUAUAUAUGGUGGGCUUAGUUUAAACAC